AUGACAGCCAAAGGCAUACCCUACGCCUGGGGCGGCGGCUCCUGCAGCGGACCGACGCACGACCAACCGCCCUACGAAUACGGCGAUACAGGCUACGACUGCUCCGGCCUAGUCUGCUGGGCCGUCUGCAAAGUAACCGGUCGGGAUUUGUUUACUGAGGGCCUUCGGGUGACGUCCUCUAUGUACUGUGCGUCUGAAGAAACUUUGGGAUAUAAGAAAUACCCGUAUUCCCAGCGCAAAGCGGGUGAUGCCGUCUUUUUUGGAGGCGAGUGUGACUGCAGCGAUAGUGAGAGUAUUCAUCAUGUUGGACUUAUGAUGGACUCUGGCGAUCGGAUGUGGAAUGCGCCCAACGAUCGGGUCAAUAAGGUCCAGGAGAACAGUAUUGCGGGAUUCGGGGAGGAGCCUUGUCCUUAUGUUGUUCGAUUUGCUUCUUGA